AAACAUUUUCACUCUUUCAUGUAAGUAGAAAGGAAAGGAGAAUGUUCACAGUUUACACAGAUUACCUUAAUAAUUAUUCCAAGAGUUCGUUAUAUAUCAGCAUAUCAUAAAAUACAGAAAAGCAGGAAGCCAAAAGAAAAAAGUAGCCAAUAAGCACUAAUCAAUCUCUCACAGCUUUUCAUAAAGUCAUAUAACCAUUCCAAAGUAGAGUAAAAGUAGCCUGUGUUUGAAUUUUACCAAAUCAACCUCCUUUCCUCUUCUAUAUAAUUCCAUGUUUACAAUGCCUUGUGUUCAGUCAGAUGGCAGUUCUCUUUAGUGGUCUUUUAAAAUUUGCCUCUGAAUUCUUUCUCGGAAUUGCAUCUAUUCCUUUCCUAAAGGAUAGAGUGAAUUCCUGGUGACCUUAUAACCCCAACUAAACCCUCUUCUGUAUUCUAAACAAAAUCAAGAAAUGGAUCUCAUUAAGCUAAGAGAGAUUCGUGCAGUUAACAAGUCCAAGAAGCAUCAACUUCUUGACAAUUUUUUCCUGUAUUCUUUGAUUGUCUUGGCCUGUACUCUUUUCUGUUCUAGCCCUUUCUGGUUUCCCUGCCUAUUUGAUUCCGUGAAGCUCUUUCUCUUUGGCUCUCCUCCAAAACUAGGUUCAGUUUUCCUCAGCCCCAAGUUCAUUUUCAUUGUUGGCAACCUUAUAAUCUUUGUCCUUGUUGGAGAGUCCAAGUUCUUUACUACAAAUUCUCCACCAGCUACUGAUGUUUACUAUGAUGAGUACAUUGACCACAAAAGGAGCCUUCAAACAGCUUCUAGUGUUGAACAGAAGAAAGAGACAAACAUGGGGAAAUCUUCCAAAGAAAAACGUAGCAGAACUUGCGAAAACGGAAAAAAGAAUGAAGGGAAAGGAAUGGCUGAGGCAAAUUUGAAAGUACACGAGGAAAGAAAGGAUUUACAGGAAGACGCCCUCAGUUUGCCUACAGAGGAAUUGAACAAAAGGGCUGAUGACUUCAUUGCAAGGGUUAACAGACAAAGGAUGCUUGAAGCUAGGCUAUGAGUUCGCUAAAGUUAAUAAAACCAAGCUAAUUAGUGGUUUGGUACUUGUGGAUUGAACCUGGCUGAGUUUUAAACUUAAAGAUGGUCCUGUAAAUUACAGGACCUCUAAUUGAACAAGAAUCUUAGCUUGAAGGGAAUAUUUCCUCCAUGUAAUUAUCAUAGUACAUAAAUAAAAUGUAAUAAUCAUGGUUUCGGACAACGUGAAUAUAGUCUAUGCUUUCACCAUUA